ACUGAACAAUCCCUGCUCCCUCAGCCACUCCCCAUAAGACUCCUCAUAGCUUUGUUGCCUUUCUCUGGCCACGCUCCAGGACAUGGAUGUCUUUCUUGUAGUGAGCAGCCCAAAACUGAACACAGCAUUGAGGUGCGGCCUCACCAGUGCUGAGUACAGAGGGACGAUGACUUCCUUGCUCCUGCUGGCUGCACUAUUUCUGAUACAAGCCAGGAUCUCGUUGGCCUUCUUGUCCACCUGGGCCAUUUCAUAUAAUUGAGUUUGCAGCGCUGCACUGAAGAGAUCUACUGCCAAGUGAAGCACCUCGAUGGGGUAGAGCCAUCUAAAUGAAUUCCAGUAUUCACAUCUUUGCCUGAUUAAGACUUUGCCCAGCGACCACAGCGCUGGGCAGCAUCGUACACUUCCAGGGCAGCACGGACUCGACGCGCGGCAGGCCCGCGUUCUGCCUCCCCUCCUUGUGGAGCUGUCCAAACGCAGCUGGCUGUUCCCGUAAAGCAGCCGUCCCGCGGGCUCGCUCCCGCUCUCCUGCACCCGCUCCGUGCCUCAUCCGCCGUUCGUGCGGCACUCGCAGCAGUCACUCCGUGUCACAAACCGGCCGGGAGGGCCCGGGGGGCGUUGCGGGCGGCCCCGGGGAGCCGCACUCGCAGCGGGCCGCCGCGGGAGGGUGCUGCGGGCCGCGCCGCAGAAGAUGUCGGCGGCGUGGUGCUGGUGGCUGCCGGCGCUGCUAUGGGGCGGCGCGGGGGGCUACGUGGUGCUCAGCUCGGUGUCCUGGCCGCUGCCCGAGGCGGGGGGAGCGGCCGACGAGCUGCACAGCUCCUCCACCGAGGAGGCGCUGCCCGGCCUGCUGGAGGAGGCGGGCGGCCUCUGGAAGCAGAGCUUCCCGGCUUCGGCGUACCGGGAGGACGCGGCGCUGGGCCCCGGGGCGGCGGCGCGGCGCUCGGAGCAGGGGGCCGCCCCCUCCCGCAUGUUCUCGUACCGCCGGCAGCCCGCCGCCCCGCCGGGCCGCGCCGCCACCGCCCGCCGUCUUGCCCGACACGGCGCCUGGGGCUUCGUGGCCUCCCGGGCCGCUCACGGAAAGAUCCAGGGGAUGCCCUACGGGAACCUUUUGCCUAUCAGCGAUGGUCCCAUCAAUAACAGCACUGGGAUCCCUUUCUUUUACGUGACGCUGAAAGAUAAUGCAGUGGCUGAUCUCCUGAAGGAUCCUGUAGCUUCACUGACCCUACCAGAAUUGGAUGGGAAUUUCUGCAGAAAAAAUGUAGUUGAUCCAGAGGAUCCAAGGUGCGCCAGACUGACACUCACAGGACAGAUGGUCACGGUGCCUCCAGAGGAAACGGAAUUUGCCAAGCAAGCAAUGUUUUCUAGGCACCCAGUGAUAAGAAAGUGGCCUCGUAGUUACGAGUGGUUCUUCAUGAAAAUGAACAUUGAGCACGUCUGGCUUCAGAGCUGGUAUGGAGGUGUUUCUACCAUUGCAGUAGAAGAGUAUUUAAAAGCAGAUCCAAGUAAAGCUUGAUUGAAUGGGCUUUGAGAGAGAGAUCUAUGGCAUUUCCUUUCCGAACACUUUAAACAUUUCAUGCUGGAUGGUUAUUUUACAAUGAUAUAUCUAUUUUAUUUUUAAAAGGCUUCAAAAUAGCUGUCUUACGUGGAGCAGAGUGAAAAUAAACCAACACAGACUUUCAAAUUAUAAAGGAGAGGUAGAUACCAGCCCUACCCUGCAAUGUAGAAACACAUCAUUUCAAACAGGCAAUGUAUCAUCUUGAAUACUGCUUGAAAAUGUCUUGUAUCUGUUUGUUUAGACUUUUUUUUGCUUUGCACUCAGUCUCUCACUAACUAUAAUGCUCUGUUUUACGGAAAAGGCAAAGUUGCCUAUUCACAACCCUCCAUGGAUUGUGGAAGUAUUAUUGCUGCUCGGUCUCUCCGUUUAUAAGCACUGUCUGCUGAACCUAAUAGCUGCAACUUUAGAUAUUUAAGUUGUUAAAAAUAUUGUGCUAAAGCUGUUCUUGUUUGCUAACUUAUAUUUUCUACUCAUAUUUUUCCCUAAUUGUCUAAUUUGAUAUUUCACUUGGAAAUUGAGUAGAAAGGCUCCAAAGACUCUUUUUGUGGAAAAAAAAUGCAAGCUGCUCAAACAACACAGCUUCAGCAGAACUUGUCUUCUACUGACACAAAGCUGGUUAAACAUGUAAAAAGACAAAACUAAACCAGGCUCACAGGAAUUAUCCCAAUACAAGUAUAAACAUUCUCCUAAGAAGAAUUUAAGUAUUCUAUGCUAGCCUGUUCCUGUUAUGAGACAGAAGUUUAUCAACAGCCUGUAGUCCCAAACUUUUUGCACCCCAUCUACAGCCACCACUUUAUUUUUAACUCAUUUAUGCAGUGGACUUUUGUAAACCCUCAUCAACUCAUCUAGGGAUAGAGCCAGUCCCUUAAUUCUGAAAUUUUUUCCCUAAGCUUUAAAGGGUUUGUUCAUGGCUUUUUUUUUAAAGAAGUCUGAGGAUAGAUAGGUAUUUCAGACUAUUGAAAUACUCUUUUUUCUAGUGUGGAAAGUGUAAACCUGGUUGCAAACACACUGUGAAUAGGCAAUUAAUAGGCAUCUUAUAUGAUAAUCCCAAAAGAGUACAAAGAAGUUUUAAUAAUCUUCACCCAUUUCUUGAGAUGUGCUGGUAAUCUUAUUCUGCAAUUCCUAAUGGGGUGAUAGUGAAAAAGGUUCCAUGGCUAGCUGGCCACAUCAUGACGCAGUUUGAAAAUUAUAUGGCUGCUCUCCCUGUUCUGUUAAGAAAGAGGCAGAUUGAGAUAGCUUUCUCUGCAUCCCUGGGAGGGAAGCAGAGCCCUUGGCACUAGCCCACACCAAGGCAGGCAUGAGUAGUGUGGGUUUCUCAGCAAGCGACCUGAGCUUUUACAGGUUAAUCCCCAGCCAGAGCUCCAAGGCAGCUCAAGGAGCUGUGACCACCUGGAAGCCAAUUAAGUGUAGCUGAGCUUAUUGUGGUUGAGGCAUGAAGAAAGAGUGUCAUCCUCUGAGCAGACCUGGGCACUGUGAUGUUUUAACUUCCAGGGCCACUUAGACCUUGGCUUCAAAUCUGCAGGCAUCACUAACAUUCCUAAUAUUCUGUAAGAACUGAAGGAAGAUGCAGGAGAGGAACCUUCUUUAGACACUUGGUAAGCAUUUUUUUUUCUUGUCUUAUUGCCAGUGAGUCUGCAGAUCUCUUGCAGAGGUAAUUACACAAGAGGAGGAAGUGUCCUGCCUGAAUGUAUUUCCCGUAUUUUCUUGGCAGAUGAGCAGCAUCCUCCCAUCUAAAUUUGCCCCCAAAUCUGGUACUGUGUAGUACUGAAUCAAAAUGGCUGGUCCUGUACUCACGCGUAGAAUACCAUUCAGUGAAAUCAUUCUUGAUUCAAAUAAUUUUGCCGUGGACAUCUUUGUGCACUGUGGAUUUGACACUUUGUCCAUUGAGAAUAAUGGGACUUUUAAAACAGAGGUCAAUAGGCAGAGUCCUAGGCUCUCUAAGGGAAUCUCCACUUGUCCAAACUACACAUUUCUGUGCAACUUUACAUGGUUUAUCAUCCUUGUUCACUGCUAUUCCUAGAGAAGCCUGAACUUCUCUCCCACUCCCCCCCACAAACACACGCACACAUCCAGUGUAGGGGCAUCAUGUUUAAGCAAGCUAAAGAAUUUUAGAAAUUUUCACUUCCAUCCUUAGGCAGCUUGGUAGCAGGGACAUGCUCUUAGCAUGUAUUAUCCUUUACUGACUCUUGCCUUAAAGCUGUAAGGGAGUGUGUCCACAAUAUUUAGAUAAAGAGCUUUAACUGUUUAAGAAGCGUGUGCUAUAAGAAAGGCUUUGAAUUUACACUACUUGCUGUCUCCCUGCACAGUUAGAUUAAUUGGAGAUAUAUACUGUGUAAUAAAUUGACAUAUUCAUCGGUGAGCUUUCCUAUACCGACAAGCCUUGAGAUUCUUGACAGAAGCUCAAAACACAAAGCAGGAAUGGCAUGUAAAGUGACAAGAGAGCCUUCAUAAAGAAACACUGCUGUAAAUCACCCGUUCACAUUUCAUGCCUUCUUCUUUCACGGAAUAGUUCCCAUUAAAAUUCUUUAAAGUCUACAGAAAUUCAUCGAAAAUAUGGCUUGCAUAUUUUUGAAUGGAAUUUUCCAGAGCACAAAAAGGGGAAGGCACAGUCAAUAAUUUGUUUAACUGUGCUUUACAUUAUUAAUUACACACUACUUCCAUUUUUUCCUUAAAGAGGCAAAUGUAUCAAGUGGUAUUGCUCGUCAUAUGCCAAGUGAUGUUUGUAAAAGCUUUUAAUUGAAAGAGACUUAUUAAGAUAGCAUAAUGAGAUCAGAUUUCCUUGAGACUGUAAAGGGUCUCACCUUGCUUCAGCUUAAGUCGGUAGCAGAACUCCUAUUUAUUUGUUGUGCUUUGAUUAUUAGAUCAAAGAAACAUCUUUAGAAAGUCUGGAUAAGCCCUGAUAAAUUUAUUAAGUAUUUCAGCUGGUUGAUGUGUAAUUUAUUGCCACGUGUUCUGUAUUUUACUUAUUUCUUAAGCUUCUCCAAAAACACUUGUUGUGCAACACCUAUUAUUUAAAACUUUAACUGGGGUUUUGCAAUAUUUAAGAGACGUAUUUAAUCCUGUCUGUGCAUUUGCUGAAAAAAGGAAGACAAAGUUCUGAAUCCUGGGCUCAAACGUUUUGCUAAGUUGUGCACACAUCAUGCAUGCACAGUAUUUAAGCACAGCUAGUUUAACUGCUGUUCUUAUUUAACCAAAGAAUACUCCAUUACUGAUGAAAUUUUCAUCACUUAGCUCGAUGAAGUUCAGUAUGUUUUAUUUCUGGGUGUGUACUCCAAUCUGCAAUGCAUUUUGAUUUCUAAAGAUACUGAAUGUUAACAAAAUGUCUAUCAAGGACAAAAUGCAAAUAAAACAGUUUUCAAAGAGGAA